AGCCGGGCGGCCGCGUAGUCACUCGGGCAAGAGAGGCGGCGGCGGCGGCGGCGGGGCCGGGGCCGGGGCAGCGGCGGCCGCGCUGGGCAUGGAGCUGGCAAGCCCGCGCUGAGGCGGGACGCGCCUGCUAGCAGCGAGCGAGAGGCUCUCCGGCGACCGGCGCGCGGGCUCCCCGGCGGGGCCAGGCAAACUUUUCUUUCUCUUUUGCCCCCUCCAGAGGCGCCUUCUGCGGCAGGCGGACAGAUCCUCCGCGGCAGGGCCGGGGCAAGCUGGACGCAGCAUGAUGCGCGCAGUGUGGGAGGCGCUGGCGGCGCUGGCGGCGGUGGCGUGCCUGGUGGGCGCGGUGCGCGGCGGGCCCGGGCUCAGCAUGUUCGCGGGCCAGGCGGCGCAGCCCGACCCCUGCUCGGACGAGAACGGCCACCCACGCCGCUGCAUCCCGGACUUUGUCAAUGCGGCCUUCGGCAAGGACGUGCGCGUGUCCAGCACCUGCGGCCGGCCCCCGGCGCGCUACUGCGUGGUGAGCGAGCGCGGCGAGGAGCGGCUGCGCUCGUGCCACCUCUGCAACGCGUCCGACCCCAAGAAGGCGCACCCGCCCGCCUUCCUCACCGACCUCAACAACCCGCACAACCUGACGUGCUGGCAGUCCGAGAACUACCUGCAGUUCCCGCACAACGUCACGCUCACACUGUCCCUCGGCAAGAAGUUCGAAGUGACCUACGUGAGCCUGCAGUUCUGCUCGCCGCGGCCCGAGUCCAUGGCCAUCUACAAGUCCAUGGACUACGGGCGCACGUGGGUGCCCUUCCAGUUCUACUCCACGCAGUGCCGCAAGAUGUACAACCGGCCGCACCGCGCGCCCAUCACCAAGCAGAACGAGCAGGAGGCCGUGUGCACCGACUCGCACACCGACAUGCGCCCGCUCUCGGGCGGUCUCAUCGCCUUCAGCACGCUGGACGGGCGGCCCUCGGCGCACGACUUCGACAACUCGCCUGUGCUGCAGGACUGGGUCACGGCCACCGACAUCCGCGUGGCCUUCAGCCGCCUGCACACGUUCGGCGACGAGAACGAGGACGACUCGGAGCUGGCGCGCGACUCGUACUUCUACGCGGUGUCCGACCUACAGGUGGGCGGCCGGUGCAAGUGCAACGGCCACGCGGCCCGCUGCGUGCGCGACCGCGACGACAGCCUGGUGUGCGAUUGCAGGCACAACACGGCCGGCCCGGAGUGCGACCGCUGCAAGCCCUUCCACUACGACCGGCCCUGGCAGCGCGCCACGGCCCGCGAAGCCAACGAGUGCGUGGCCUGUAACUGCAACCUGCAUGCCCGGCGCUGCCGCUUCAACAUGGAGCUCUACAAGCUUUCGGGACGCAAGAGCGGAGGUGUCUGCCUCAACUGUCGCCACAACACCGCCGGCCGCCACUGCCACUACUGCAAGGAGGGCUACUACCGCGACAUGGGCAAGCCCAUCACCCACCGGAAGGCCUGCAAAGCCUGUGAUUGCCACCCCGUGGGUGCCGCUGGCAAAACCUGCAACCAAACCACUGGCCAGUGUCCCUGCAAGGACGGCGUGACGGGUAUCACCUGCAACCGCUGCGCCAAAGGCUACCAGCAGAGCCGCUCUCCCAUCGCCCCCUGCAUAAAGAUCCCUGUAGCGCCGCCGACGACUGCAGCCAGCAGCGUGGAGGAGCCUGAAGACUGCGAUUCCUACUGCAAGGCCUCCAAGGGGAAGCUGAAGAUUAACAUGAAAAAGUACUGCAAGAAGGACUAUGCCGUCCAGAUCCACAUCUUGAAGGCGGACAAGGCGGGGGACUGGUGGAAGUUCACGGUGAACAUCAUCUCCGUGUACAAGCAGGGCACGAGCCGCAUCCGCCGCGGUGACCAGAGCCUGUGGAUCCGCUCGCGGGACAUCGCCUGCAAGUGUCCCAAAAUCAAGCCCCUCAAGAAGUACCUGCUGCUGGGCAACGCGGAGGACUCUCCGGACCAGAGCGGCAUCGUGGCCGAUAAAAGCAGCCUGGUGAUCCAGUGGCGGGACACGUGGGCGCGGCGGCUGCGCAAGUUCCAGCAGCGUGAGAAGAAGGGCAAGUGCAAGAAGGCCUAGCGCCGAGGCAGCGGGCGGGCGGGCGGGCGCCAGGGCGGAGCCGAG